UUUGCCCUUGUUAAUUACCGGAGAAACCGACCAGGGAGCUCCGCCCGGGAUUUGCUGGCCCGCAGCGGCGCUAGGCUCCGGUGUCUCCCCUUAUCUCUCGCUGCGGUCCAGGUGCACCACUUGCUUCACCGCCAAGGAUGGAAAUGAUGGACGGCUGCCAGUUCUCGCCUUCUGAGUACUUCUAUGACGGCACCUGCAUCCCGUCCCCGGAGGGCGAGUUCGGGGAUGAGUUUGAGCUGAGAGAGGCUGCCUUCAGGGCGCACAAACCAGAGCUGCAAGGCUCAGACGAGGACGAGCACGUGCGAGCACCUACAGGCCACCACCAGGCUGGCCACUGUCUCAUGUGGGCUUGUAAAGCAUGCAAGAGAAAGUCUACUACCAUGGAUCGGCGGAAGGCGGCCACCAUGCGCGAGAGGAGACGCCUAAAGAAGGUCAACCAGGCUUUUGAGACGCUCAAGAGGUGCACCACGACCAACCCCAACCAAAGGCUGCCCAAGGUGGAGAUCCUCAGGAACGCCAUCCGCUACAUCGAGAGCCUGCAGGAGCUGCUGAGGGAGCAGGUGGAGAACUACUACAACCUACCGGGACAGAGCUGCUCUGAGCCCACCAGCCCCACUUCCAAUUGCUCCGACGGCAUGCCUGAAUGUAACAGUCCUGUCUGGUCCAGAAAGAGCGGCAGUUUUGACAGCAUCUACUGCCCUGAUGUACCAAAUGUAUACGGCACAGAUAAAAGCUCCUUAUCCAGCUUGGAUUGUUUAUCCAGCAUAGUGGAUCGAAUCACCAACUCAGAGCAACCUGGAUUGCCUCUCCAGGACCCGGCCUCUCUCUCCCCAGUUGCCAGCAUGGAUUCACAGCCUGCAACGCCAGGGCCCUCUAAUUCCAGGCUCAUCUAUCAUGUGUUAUGAACUGAAAAUCUAGUCUAGAUGAGUUCUACGGGGAGAGCCUAUUACACAGGAGGAAGGAAGCCCCAAAAGUUCAAAAGCAAGACAACUUGUAUAUAAAGAUUUCCUUUCAGUUGUAAAUUUGUAAAUAUUAUCUUGCCACUUUAUACGAAAGUGUAUUUAACUAAAAGGUCACCAUCGCAAUUAAUACUUUAUUUCUUUUCUCCUCCUCCUCUUCCUCCUCCUCCUUCUUUACCUCCUCAUUCGCUUUAGAUAUAUAGUUCUAAUAAUAUUCUUUCUGAUAGGGGGCAAUUCAUUGAAGGUAGCUUAUUGCAAUGCUUAACUUAUAU